AUGAAUAGCGCUUGGUAUCGGUAGUCGACGCUCAAUUUUUGGUGUCAUUUUGCUUUUACUUGGGACAUCGCCCACUUUUCACAUCGAAAUCUUUACUAGUACUGUUUUAAACUCAACGUAGUAAUAUUCAACUUUACGUGUUCGUAAUUCGUGUGUAUUCAUUCUGUUAGGGCUGUGUAAUUAGUGGCUUGUUUACGGGAAAAAACGAUUUGCGAUGCGGGAAUAUAAAAUCGUCGUUUUGGGGAGUGGUGGUGUUGGAAAAUCAGCCCUUACAGUUCAGUUUGUUCAAGGUAUUUUUGUGGAGAAGUAUGAUCCUACCAUUGAAGACUCUUACCGGAAGCAGGUGGAAGUUGAUGGACAACAAUGCAUGUUAGAAAUUUUGGAUACUGCUGGAACGGAACAAUUCACAGCUAUGAGAGAUCUCUACAUGAAAAAUGGCCAAGGCUUUGUACUGGUUUAUUCCAUUACUGCACAAUCUACUUUUAAUGACCUACAAGAUUUGAGAGAACAGAUUUUGCGUGUGAAAGAUACAGAUGAUGUUCCUCUAGUACUAGUUGGCAACAAAUGUGAUCUUGAGGAUGAACGUGUUGUAGGGAAAGAUCAGGGCAUGAAUCUUGCAAGGCAAUUCAAUAACUGCUCUUUCCUGGAAUCUUCCGCAAAAGCAAAAAUUAAUGUUAAUGAGAUAUUUUAUGAUUUAGUGAGGCAGAUAAACAAAAAGUCCCCAGAGAAAAAAUCAAGUAGCAAAAAGAAGACACACUGCAACAUUUUGUAACAAGAUUCCAGCUGGUUCUCAUUUUAAUUUUCAAGGGGGAUAAGGGGCAGAAGGAAAAGGAAUUUCCACAUUCAAAGAUAAUCAUGAUUCAAAAUGUAACUAUGGGCUAUCUGCUAUCCAGUUGCUACUAAUUGAUUUAGUUUCCAACAAUUUCAUCAAGCACACUUUUUGUGUUGAUUUAUUUGAAACUUUAAAACAAGUUAUAAAAUCGGCAUGGUGGCAUUUAGUCAUGUAAAUUGCAAGUGUACCCCUUUUUUUCUUGCCUUCAACAUAUUAAUCAAUCGUCAUACCUUUUGAUCCUUUCGCUAUCGACCCAUUAAUAAAUGAUUAACGUCA